UCUUGUUACAGGACAAUGAUCAGACUCUGCUUCCUUUUGUUUCUCUCUGUGGCCACCGAAUGGUGCAGCGCAGCAGUGGCCCGUUCUCCUGAGAUGUUCUGGGAGGAUGAAGAAUGUGCCUCUUCCUUUUCUUCCCUGCCUAGAAGCUGCAAGGAAAUCAAAAAAACUUGCCAGAAAGCAAGAGAUGGCCUGUAUUUCCUCCGGGCCAAGGAUGGUGCCGUCUACCAGACCUUCUGUGACAUGACCUCUGCGGGUGGUGGCUGGACCCUGGUGGCCAGUGUGCACGAGAACAACAUGGCUGGGAAGUGCACGGUGGGCGAUCGGUGGUCCAGCCAGCAGGGCAACAGAGCAGACUACCCAGAGGGGGACGGCAACUGGGCCAAUUACAACACCUUCGGGUCUGCAGGGGCGGCCACCAGUGACGACUACAAGAACCCUGGCUACUAUGACAUCCAGGCUGCGGACCUGGGCAUCUGGCAUGUGCCCAACAAGAGCCCCAUGAAGAACUGGCGGAACAGCUCUCUGCUGAGGUACCGCACCACGUCUGGCUUCUUCAAGCAUUUGGGACACAAUCUGUUUGGCCUCUACCAGAAAUACCCAGUGAAGUAUGGAUUAGGGAAGUGUUGGAAUGACAAUGGCCCAGCAAUACCUGUGGUCUACGACUUUGGUGAUGCUCAGAAAACCGCAUCUUACUACUCACCUAAUGGACAAAUGGAAUUUGUUGCAGGGUUUGUCCAGUUCUGGGUGUUUAAUAAGGAGAGAGCAGCCAAUGCUCUGUGUGCUGCGGUGAGAGUCACUGGCUGCAACACGGAUCACCAUAUGGAAAUUCAGUGA